AUGCGUAUUCCCGUAGACCCGAGCACCAGCCGGCGCUUCACACCUCCCUCCACGGCCUUCCCCUGUGGCAAGAUGGGCGAGAACAGCGGGGCGCUGAGCGCGCAGGCGGCCGCGGCCAGGCCCGGCGGGCGCGCCCGGCCCGAGGUGCGCACCGUGGUGGACGUGCUGGCCGACCACGCGGGCGAGCUGGUCCGCACCGACAGCCCCAACUUCCUGUGCUCCGUGCUCCCCUCGCACUGGCGCUGCAACAAGACGCUGCCCGUGGCCUUCAAGGUGGUGGCCCUAGGGGAUGUCCCUGAUGGCACAGUGGUGACGGUGAUGGCUGGCAAUGAUGAGAAUUACUCAGCUGAACUGCGUAAUGCUUCGGCUGUCAUGAAGAACCAGGUGGCCCGAUUUAACGACCUUCGAUUCGUUGGCCGGAGUGGCCGAGGGAAGAGCUUCACGCUGACCAUCACCGUGUUUACCAAUCCCACCCAAGUAGCCACCUACCACCGGGCCAUCAAGGUGACUGUGGAUGGGCCUCGAGAGCCGAGAAAUCCUCGGCAGUCAGCAGGGAGACAGAAAGAAUCCCAGAUGGGAACAGAGCUGCCACCUCAGAGAGGAACAGUCUCUCCCUGCACCCUCCCUCCGUCUCUUAGGGCUCAUGAGGAGGAGGAAGCUUCUGAGCCUGAGUGGUUCCGUGCGAAGGCCUAG